AUGACCUUGUCUAAUCUGCUAAACACCCAAGACUUGCUUAGCUCAAUUGAAGAGAUCAAAACGAGAUUCAAAUCUUGUUCAACUCCCAAUGAAAUAAACAGCUUAAUUGAAAGUAUAGAUUCAACCAUUUCUCAGAUUGACGCAAACUUGGUGAACUAUACAACUUUGAAUAAAAAGAGACUACAGCAGGGAAUAAGCAAUAUAGAAUCUAUAGGAGCUAACAAACUAUCAUCAACCAUUACCACCUCAACUGAUCUUUCCAAGAUUUUCACCACGGCUAAUGAACUAGGCAACAAAUUAACAUACAAGAUCAAGUCGCUAGAUAAAGAGAUUGGCAAUGUAAAUAAAACAUUGAAGUACGUGGAGAAUAUACAGUUGCUAAAAAACAAUAUCAACCAGAUAAAUUACGUUAUCAAGCAUAAGAAUUGGGAACUAGCUGCACGAUGUAUACAUACAAUUAAUACCGAGAUCCCAAAAGAAUUGAUCCUGGGAGAAUACGCAUCGGUAGUUAUUCCAUCAACAGACAUUCCUGAAUUGCCACAAGUUUGUAUAGAUGACUGGAUUAAGCAACUUGCCGAAAUAUUUAGAAACGAGUUUAGCGAAGCUGCCAAACUGAGAAAUGUCGAACAAUUGACUAAAUUUUUCCAAUUGUUCCCCCUUAUCAACCAAGAGGAAAUUGGAUUGAACUGUUAUGCAAAAUUCAUAUGUGAGAUUAUCAAUGAAUCCUCAAAGAAUUUGACUUCAACUAUAAACAAUAUCCACCUGAAUGACUUGAAACCAGGGAUUUUCUCUAGUAUUACUAUGCAAUUGUUUGAAAAUAUUUCAAUGAUGCUUUCUCAACAUGGGCCCUUGAUAAAAAAAUAUUAUAUUCUGACUUACCCCAACGCGAUGGUCUAUGUUGUGAACAAGAUCCAAAGAGAAAUUGAUCUACAAAUUGGAAUCAUUGCUGAUACUUUUUAUGAUGCACGAAGAUUGGGUAAAGUUUUUCAAGAUAUUGAGUUGUACAAUUUCCCUAUACUAUCGAAAAGAAUACAUGAUAUGCAACAAGAUCGGCAAGAUUUACUGGAAGUAAUUAAUGAUGAAGCAAUCAGUGAUGAGUUCUUGCCUAUUAGAUCAAUUGGAGACCUCAUACUGGAACUAUCUUCAAUCUUACAAAGUUGGUCAUUAUAUUGUAAAUUUAUAACAAUAAAGUAUUUCAAUAAGCAGCAAUUGCAGCAUACCCAGGAAUUGCAAGUUCCUGAAAUCAUAACGAAAUCAAAUUUCACAAAAAAGGUAAAUGAGAGGCUAUUACCAUCGUUUGAGAUCUUAUACCAUUUUUACUUUCGAAGAUCAUUGGAAAAGUCCAUAUCAAUUGAAGAGUUGCCCUCUUUGGAACCAUACCUCCAGGUCUCUCUGAAGAAAAAGUCAAAGUCGCCAGAUCAACCGCCAUGCUCUUCCGUAGUUGAAGAUUUGACAUUGAUCUUGAACAGUACAUUGAGAAACGUGAUUAGUUCAGGAUUCUCUCUUGCCGUCAAGAAUUUCAUAGUUGGGAGUUUCAGAAUAGUACAGCAGGACUUGAUAAAUGGCUUUUUCAUCAAGAACCUCAAUGAUAAUCUGCCGAAAUAUAACCUGUCUUUGUCGUUGGUUAGUGAAGAUGCUAAAAAGCACGGAGCAGAGCAAACAGCGGGCUCUCUUGGUGGUGGUCUCGCCAAUUCUCGUGCCAAGUCAAGAAGCGGAACUCCUGAGCCACAUGCUAUCAGCAACGUCCAUGGGGGGUUUUUCAAGGGGGCAUCUAGUGCUUUUGAGAGCGUCGUUAGUGGAUCUGGGGCUAUUGUUGGAAGUUUACAAACAACUGCAGCUGGGAACAAUCCCAGAUUGAUGAACUUUAUAAUUUACCUCAAUAGUAUUGGUGUUGCUCAAGAGUAUUUCACAAAGAUUAUUCAAAACAUACUUGGUGAGGGUGAUGCUAAAUCUCCCACUCUCAUACAGAACAAUUUCCCAAUUGGUAAAGAGUCAGAAAAGAUCAAAUUGAUUUUGAAACAAGACUUUUUGGAGCCAUUCAUUUCCAUCACCACCAAGAUCCUCAAUGAGAGUUUUAUUAACUUGUACAAUCAAUCUAUCAAGCAAAAAUUAAUUAUAUUAAUCAAUGAAUUGAUUACAGAAACUUCAAACACAAGCUACAUUUUAAACUCAACUAAUCAAAUUAAUGAUCCUUCAACUCUUAUAAAGUUCAAAUCCAAUUGGUCAUCGAUUACAAAGCCGUAUGCCCAAACUUUACAUAAAUCAAUAUGGAAUAGAUUGCUAAGGUUGAUAAUUGUGAAUCUAGCCAAUUUGAUAGAGAGAAAAUUACACUCGGCAUUAAGGAAGUUCCAAAUUAAUGACAUGGGUGCAAUAAAGUUGGAAAAAGAUUUGAGUUUUGUCAUUAAUGAAGUGUCACAGGAUAACUAUCAUUUGAGAGAGAAAUUUGUUAGAUUGACUCAGAUUGUUUUGUUGGUGGGUAUGGAUGACGAUGAAUAUGAGGAAAGUAGUCAACCUGUAUUGAAUCAUGUGUCUACAGAAAAGAAAAAAGGAGAUGCUUGUAAAAUCGAAACUGAAGCGAAGGGAGAAGAUGAUGAAGAGGAGGAGGAGGAGGGAGAAGAAGAAGAAGAAGAAGAAGAAGAGGAGGAGGAGGAGGAGGAGGAGGAACUAGGAGGUAUUAAUUGGGUAUUGACUCCACAAGAGAGAAACCAAAUUCGUCAAUACAGAGUAUAG